UCUAUCAUCUCUCUCUUACUGAGAUCUGUGCUUCUCCUCAAAUAGCCCCAAAUCAUAGUAGUUUUUUUUUGGAUGAGAGCAUGGAAUGGGAUGCAGCAUCACACAGUUGACUCCUAUUGAGCCAACUAACUCAUAUUUUAGCCCUCUAAAACCCUACAUAUUUUUCAGUGAAGGUCUAACCAGACCUCCUCCAGAUCAUCCUUGGGAAGUUGAAUUUGUAACCUGAAUGUAAGGCUUUCCAUUGAUGUUGAUUAUAUUUCAUCUUCUUCAGUUUGGUCCAGUGUUGUUCUGUCAAAAGUCUUUGUAGAUCCUGAUUCUGACAUGGAGAGUGUUGUCUAGUCCUCCCAGCUUGGUUUCAUCAACAAAUCUGAUAAACAGACGAGGCAACUGAGGCCCAGAGAGGGUCACCAGCAUGCUCAGGGCCACUCAGUACACUGCUGAAGACCUAGCAUGGGUCUCCGGGAUUCGCCUGGUCAGGGGUCCAGCGUCAGGAGUGCUCACAGUUCCCAAGCUCAGGCUCCCUAAGGUCCGGCGGGCACCCUCUCCUCUCUUGUCCCGGGCCGCCGGGCUCCUCCCCUCACCCGGCCCGAUACCUGCCCGGCCCCUGCCCUGCCCUGCCCCAGUCCAGCCUCCGCCUUUCCCGGGAUCCCAGGAGCCGGCACUCCCCUCCCCCUGGAUCCACCCCGAAUCUUUGCCCGAGGGACGUGCGCCCAGGAAGGCCCCUCUCGUCACCCCCGACCCAGCGGGGCCCUCCCUCCCUCCCUCAGCGGCCCUGCCCUCCACGCCUCCUCUGCUCUUCCCUCGCCUACCGGGCUGUUCAUUAACCCAGAACACGGGCGCUAUAAGGAGGCCAGCAGCUGGCCCGGGAGGGCACAAGACGUUCCGUCUGUGGGUUGGGGCCGGCCUGCUGCGGAUAGGACAGAGAGGGAGCCGCCGCCUCCGCUGCCACCAUGGACCUCACCCCGAGCACCAUUGCCCCGUCUGGGACCCCCGCACCAAUCCUUCCAUCGGAUCGCAUCAAGAAUGCUGCGGACAUCUCAGUCAUUGUCAUCUACUUCGUGGUGGUUAUGGCCGUGGGGCUGUGGGCCAUGUUUUCAACUAAUCGUGGGACAGUUGGAGGCUUCUUCCUGGCGGGCCGGAGUAUGGUGUGGUGGCCGAUUGGUGCCUCCCUCUUUGCUAGUAACAUCGGCAGUGGUCACUUCGUGGGACUGGCUGGAACUGGGGCAGCAGCAGGCAUUGCCACAGGAGGCUUUGAAUGGAAUGCCCUGGUACUUGUGGUUGUCCUGGGAUGGGUGUUUGUUCCCAUCUACAUCAAGGCUGGGGUGGUGACAAUGCCAGAAUACCUGAGGAAGCGAUUUGGUGGAAAGAGGAUACAAAUCUAUCUGUCUGUCCUAUCUUUGCUCCUUUACAUUUUUACCAAGAUCUCGGCUGACAUCUUCUCAGGAGCCAUAUUUAUUAAUUUGGCUUUGGGGCUUGACUUGUACUUGGCCAUCUUUCUCCUCUUGGCCAUCACUGGUCUUUAUACAAUCACAGGGGGCCUGGCAGCUGUGAUCUACACAGAUACCUUACAAACUGCAAUCAUGCUGGUGGGAUCCCUCAUCCUGACAGGUUUUGCUUUUAAUGAAGUUGGGGGCUAUGAAGCUUUCAUGGACAAGUACAUGAAAUCCAUCCCAAGCAAAAUCUCUGAGGGGAACUUCACUGCCAAGCCUGAGUGCUACACCCCGAGGGCAGAUUCAUUUCAUCUGUUCCGUGAUCCCAUCACUGGAGACCUCCCCUGGCCAGGCCUUAUCUUUGGUCUGGGCAUUCUUGCGCUGUGGUACUGGUGCACUGAUCAGGUCAUCGUGCAGAGGUGUCUCUCUGCCAAGAACAUGUCCCACGUGAAGGCUGGCUGCAUAAUGUGUGGUUAUCUGAAGCUGCUGCCCAUGUUUCUUAUGGUGAUGCCUGGCAUGAUAAGUCGAAUACUCUACACAGAUAAGGUGGCCUGUGCCGUUCCUUCAGAAUGUGAAGCCCAAUGUGGGACCAAAGUAGGCUGUAGCAACAUUGCCUACCCAACACUGGUGGUGGAACUCAUGCCAAAUGGUCUUCGUGGUCUGAUGCUUUCCGUCAUGUUGGCCUCCCUCAUGAGCUCCCUCACCUCCAUCUUCAACAGUGCCAGCACUCUGUUCACCAUGGACAUCUACACCAAAUGCCGGAAGAAGGCAUCUGAGAAGGAGCUAAUGAUAGCGGGAAGAGUGUUCAUCCUGGUACUAAUUGGCAUCAGCAUCGCUUGGGUGCCUAUUGUGCAGUCGGCUCAAAGUGGGCAGCUCUUUGACUACAUCCAGUCUAUCACCAGUUACCUGGGACCACCUAUUGCUGCCGUUUUCCUGCUUGCUAUUUUCUGCAAGAGAGUCAAUGAACCGGGUGCCUUUUGGGGGCUUAUUUUUGGACUUCUUAUUGGACUGUCUCGAAUGAUCGCUGAGUUUGCCUAUGGAACAGGCAGCUGUAUGGAGCCCAGCAACUGUCCCAAGAUAAUUUGUGGUGUUCAUUACCUUUAUUUUGCCAUUAUCCUGUUUGCAGUCUCUGUCAUCACCAUUUUAAUAAUCUCCCUCUUGACCAAGCCCAUCCCAGAUGUGCAUCUUUACCGCCUAUGUUGGAGUUUGAGGAACAGCAAGGAAGAGCGAAUUGAUUUGGAUGCAGAUGAAGAGAAGGACUUCUCAGAUAGUUCUGAAGAAAAGUUGGAAAUAGAAAUCCCUCCGGAGGAUAAGGGAUGCUGCAGGAAGGCCUAUGACAUGUUCUGUGGACUGGACCAGCAGAAAGGUCCCAAAAUGACCAAGGAGGAGGAGGCUGCCCUCAAGAUGAAAAUGACAGACACAUCAGAGAAGCCCUUGUGGAGAAAUAUUGUCAACAUCAAUGGCAUCAUCCUCUUGGCUGUGGCUGUCUUCUGCCAUGCUUACUUUGCAUAGAUUCAGCUGACUCCUUCAGACUAGGUUUCCAAAAUCCAGCCUCCAAUCCUUUCUCCAUCCAUUGGAUUCCAUGCAGCACUGUAAUGGAGGAGGAGAAAAGAGAAAUACAGUUGUAAAUUAUAAUGAAGGAUAUGAGUGUAUAUAUUUGUAAUUAGAGCCUAUACAAAUGAAAAUGAUUUUUAAAAAUCUGAAUCAAAAUGAAGGUGUAUAUACUAAAGCCUUUGAAAGAGGGAAAGGCCACUUGAGUUUUCCUAGUAAUUUGGUAUGAUUCAAUUUGAUGGAAUUAACAUAUAUUAAGUACCUGCCUUUGUGCUAGGUGCUAGGGAUGUGAAAAUCUGAUGAAACAUUCACCAACAAUGUGUAGAUACAGAGACUUUGGUUGUCAUGAGAUCAGCUGCAUUUUGGCUUCAUGUGGUUUCAUUGUAGAAACCCUGAUUUUGAGGAAUGAACUCAUUAGUGUGGCUGGUGAUUCCUCUCCUCCAGAUCCCUAUUCUUUGAGCUUAGGAAUCAGAAAAGUCAUCUGUGACAAUUAUCAGAAGAAUUGGUAGGUGGUGAUCCUGAGACUCUGAGUCAGGAGACAUAGGUUGGAGUCUUGUCUCUGCCACCAAUUUUCUGGGUUACUCUGAGCAAGUUCCUUCCUUUCUCUGAGGCUCAAUUUCCACAUCUGUAAAAUGAAGGCAUUGGACUAAUAUUUUUCCAAGAACAGUUCAACAAUUAGAACUGUGCCAUAGAGGAAUGGGCUACUUUGAGAAGUGGUGAUCUCCUCCUCCUUAUUCAAGAAAGGAGGAGGUAACCAUUUGAUAAUCAUAUUAUUAUGGUUAUACCUUUUCCAUGUGGGUUGGACUAAGUGGUCACUGAAGACUCAUCUACCUCUCAAAUUGACUGGAUGGUCUCUAACGGUUCCUUCAAAUUCUAACACAAGAGAUAGUUUGGUGUAAAGGAAGGAGCAAGAGAGACCUGACCUUGACUCCCAUCUCUGGCAUUGCCUACCUAUGGGACCCUCCUUUCUUGCUGUUUCCUUUUAUUUUCCAGCAAGUCUACCUUUUGUGUUUGCCACAUAUUCAGAGGUUGGAAAUAUGGUGUAUCUGUUGUCCAUCAAAUAAAAGUUUUUUUGACCAUUUUGAGAAUUAUCUGAGUGCAUCAGCAAUGGGAGUUUGAGCCUUUAUUUAAUAGGGAUCCCUUCUAAGAGAUUAAAUAUUGAACUGAGAAU